UUUAUGUUUACCUUGGUGUUCAUAGAAGCAAUUAAAUGAAAUCAUAUAAAAUUUAAAGAUCCGAUUCUAGAAUAACGGGUCAAAUGGGCGAAAAAGAAUACUUUAUAUAGCCAUUCAGCCAUGGACGUUCAUACUGCGAGAUUGAUGACAGUCACAUUGAUCGGGGUUAUGAAGUUUACUGUCUUGUGGAAUAUGAUACCAUGCAGUUUGGUACCCAUUUCCCAAACUAUAUAGCGACAUAUCAGAUGACUGUGAUCUUCAUACUUACAUUAUUCACAUUAAUUGGUAUUGCUGCUUUGAGUGAAUCCCGCAUGAUGUUAGGGAUAUGGAUGUCACCAAAUGUGGAUAAUUUUUAUGUGCCUACACUAUUUAUAGUGUUAGUUUCUCAGUAGAAAUGAAUAAGUCAUUCAUUCAUGUGAUGGAGAAAUUAUGGCUGUAAACAACACAGCAUAACAUAUUAAAACCUAAUGUUAACCAUGCCACUACAGUCUCUCUCUCUCUGACAAAAAAUGCGAACGCUCAUCACAGCUGAUUACUCCAUAUUUUAUACGUCGCAGUGGUCGCAGUGCUCUUAAUUGCUGCACUAAAAUUUCGUAAUGCGCGAUACACAGCGUGGGAACAUCGGGAACAUCCAACAUCGACAAUCCUACAAUAGUAACCCGUGGUCCAUGAAGUACGGAAUAAUAUGCAGAAUCGUAAUAUUUACGAUUGAUCCGUGGCGUUUACAAAUAGGCAGUUUCCAGCGUUUCCAGGCCCAGGUCCAAUCAGAAAGCAGUAUGGCCAUGAAGGGUAUGGACCGUAUGGCCAGGCUUUUCCGAAUGUUGGACGUUGGCUAAUGUUUGUUGGCGUGUAUUAUGAACGUAAUCCCAAUGUAGUACAUUAAAGGUGUUGGUUGCUUGUUAGUGCCGACCAGGGAUAUAAUAAAGCUUUAAUCUAAUUCUGAUAGUGAGAUGGUAUUUCACGAGUUAAUAAAAAUAAUAAUGUGGAGCUGUUACAGUAAAGUUCCCUCAAGUGCUCAACUGUUUUCAAGAGAGAGGGAGCUCCUGUUGUAUGUUGGUGAUAAUUGUUGUAAGUGUAGCAUGCGAACACAACAUUCUUCACGUCAGCCGCUAAUAAUGGAGACAAAUACAGUCUCUAAAAUGUGAAACACCAAUUCACAUUGAUGCAACUGGUUGUUUUACAUCAUAUUAUGGAUGCAGUUAAAGUGGAACGUGAUUCAGAUAUAGAGAAGCGCAGUGUAUGUGACAUGAAGGAUGAAGAGAUACAAGGAUAUUCAUUAGUGAAGAGUGAAGAAUGCAUGCUGGGUGAAAUUAAAGAGGAGCCGUUAUCGGAUAAUGAGAGGGAAUCUAUGGUUUCGCUCGUUGAAGUGCAGCUCACUGACAAACAGGAGCAGACUUCAGACACGUUUAAUUUCGUUACAGUGAAGAGUGAAUUUCAGGAAGAGUUAAAUGAUGUUACAACAGUGAAGGAGGAAUUGAACGAUGAAGUCAAUGUGGAGGAAUCCAAAAUGUCUGUAGACAGGCACUUCAUGGAUGCCCCCUUGAAGAGACCAAGGACUGUAUUAACUCUCGACACUAAGCUUAGUAUUAUACAACGACUUGAGAAUGGCGAGACUGCUGCAUCACUUGGGCGUUUAUAUCACAUAAAUGAAUCAAGUGUCCGCACUAUAAAGAAGAACGCAGAAAGAAUCAGAAACUCUGUCGCCCAAUCAUGCUCACUAACUGCAAAGAAAACGGUUAGGGUGAGAAAUCCACUAUUGGAAAAGAUUGAAAAGAUGCUGGCAAUCUGGGUUGAAGAUCAAAAUAAAAAGAAGAUGGUGGUUAACUCCCGCAUCAUCCGUAUGAAGGCACUGAAACUCUAUGAGCACUUACAGGAAAAACAUAUGGGCUCUUCAUCUGCUGAACCUUUUGCAGCAAGUAAAGGUUGGUUUGACAAAUUCCAGAAGCGUCAAAAUCUACAGAACAUUAAAAUGAAGGGUGAUGCUGGCAGUGGUGAAGAUGUUGCACCUUAUGACUUUGCAGAUGAAUUUAAGGCUGUUGUGAGGGCUAAAGGAUACAAGCCACAGCAGGUUUUUAAUCUAGAUGAGACUAGUUUGUUUUGGAAACGAAUGCCAAGUAGUACAUUCCUGUCAAAGGAAGAAAAGACUGCUCCAGGUUUCAAAGCAGCAAAAGAUAGAUUGACAGUUUUGUUAUGUGGUAAUGCUAAGGGUGACUUCAAAUGUAAGCCUUUAUUGGUGUAUCACUCCCAAACUCCUCGAGCCUUGAAAGGUGUAAGAUUUCAAAACCUACCAGUACAUUGGAGAUCAAAUAGAAAGGCAUGGGUAACAGGGAAACUGUUCGAAGACUGGUUUCUUAACUGUUUUUGUGUUGAGGUAGAGCAAUACUGCUGCAAGUCUGGCAUUGCUUUCAAGGCUUUACUAGUCCUUGAUAAUGCCCCAGGACACCCUGCUCACUUGAAUGACCUACAUCCUAAUAUCAGGGUGAUGUUUCUACCCCCCAGUUCAACUUCCUUAAUGCAGCCCAUGAAUCAGGGUGUUCUAACAAUUUUUAAGAUCUACUAUAUGAAGCUGAUAUUCUUGCAGUUGCUGAAAGCAUCUGAAGGAUGCGGCAAGCAAUCAGUUCGUGAUUUCUGGCGUAGCUACAACAUUCUGCAUGCUAUUAAGAACAUCAGGAAUGCCUGGAAUGAGGUGAAGGACACUCUUAUGAAUGUUGUUUGGAAAAAGUUAUGGAAGGAGUGUGUCCAAGAUUUCAGAGAAAGUGUGAAUCCAUUCUCAGAAGCAUCUGAAAUUGUUGGUAUUGGUCAGAAGGUUCCAGGAGAAGGAUUUGAGGAUUUAACAGAAGCAGAUAUUAUAGAUCUCCUCCAGUCUCAUGAAGAAGAAUUGUCUGUAGAGGAUUUGGUGGAGCUAACACAAAAGGAGCAAGAGGACCAAGAUGUUUCGAUGCAAGAAGAUAAGCUGACAGUGAAGCGACUGGCUCGCUUCUUCACUCUUGCUAACCAACUAGCCCAGGAGGCAGUAGAUAUGGACCCAGAUAUUGAGCGGAGUUUACAGUUUGGGAGGAACUUAACAUCAGCUUUGGCUACGUACAGGGAAAUCUACAGGGAAAAACAGCAUCAGUCAAACUCUUUGCAUUAAAACUAGAGGUUAACAUAAUCCUUUCCACUGUAACUCUUGACACUGACAUUCAUUUCUUCCUGCCAGGGAUACAUGACAGUUUUAAUAGUGAUGCUUAAUGAAACGAUAUAGCGCUUUCCCAGCCUUAUAUUUACAUCAGAGCGUAUGAAAUUACUAGCUUGUGUCAGUAAACAUAAUAAUCGUUUCAUUGUUACAUUUGAUUUUGCUCAUGUAUGUGGAUUGGAUGAUGAUGUUGAAUCUGACUCCAUUUUAGGCCAUGAACUACGCUUUGCAGAAUGUGGAUGGUAUUUCUUUCAUAAUAGCAGGUGUCCAGAAAGUCACUCUGGGAUUUUAGGAGGCUGUAUUUUCAUAACUGUUAUACAUACUGAAAAAGAACACCAAAUGAUAGGUUAUCUCUUUAAUUUUUGAAUAUAUCAAGUUUGAAUACAGUCUGUUUGCUGGGCUGACAGGUAUAAAUGUAUCACGUAAUAAUAAGUAGGUAAAUUCCAACAUAGAUUUCGUACAAGAUUGAGCUCUUUGUUGUGACCAUUUCCCAGCAUUCCUGUAUCUUGAUCCACGUACUGCAUAUUUAAUAAAUGCAGUGUGGUGUACAAGUUGUUUCAAGAUUAAAACAGACUUUUUGUUCA